AUGGUGGAUGCUGUGGUCCAACUCCGAUGUGGGGUAAAGAAUGACGAUUGGGGAAAGAAAGGAAAGGAUUCCGUGGUCGCUCAAUUGUGGUCUAAAACACCGGGCUCAGGGCGGAUUGAUGAAUCGCAAACAUACUCCGAGAUGUGGAUGGGAACAUAUCCAUCUAAUCCAAAUUAUCUCGUCUCUAGUGGUGAACAACUUGGGGAUUACUUGAAGAAGAAUCCCCAGCUGGUGGGAAAAUCAGUCCUGGAUCGAUUCGGACCGGAAAUUCCAUUUCUACCCAAGAUCUUAUCCUUCAGCAAAGCAUUGCCGCUCCAAAUCCACCCGGAUUUGACACUCGCCGCAAAGCUUCACGCAGAAGACCCCAAGAAGUACGGCGACACCAACCACAAGCCCGAGAUUGCUAUAGCGUUGUCCAAAUUUGAGCUGUUCGCAGGCUGGAAACCACUCAAAGACAUUCAAAUGCUAUUCAAAAUUAACCCGUUGGAGAAGUUCGUUCCACCGGGAGAGUUCAAUGACGAGACGCUUCGACAUGUGUGCAUGAAACUACUCAGUGCUUCCCCAAGCACGGUGGCAACAACCAUUAAGGAACUGCAAGUAAUCCCAGAGGCCCAUUUUGGACCAGAUCCAUACAUACCAGGUCUCUUAGACCGACUCAGCAAGCAAUACACCGAAUACGACAAUGGCAACCUUGUCGCAGCUUUACUCAUGAAUUAUCUGACCUUAGGACCUGGUGAUUCAGUCUUCGUCCCAGCCGACAGCAUUCAUGCAUACUUAGAAGGGGAUAUUGUGGAAUGCAUGGCCCGAUCAGACAACGUAAUCAAUACCGGUUUCUGCCCAGCUACGGAUCGCGACAGAGUCGAGCUUUUCGGACGAGCUCUCUCAUUCAUCCCACAUGACGCCCAGGGUGCCCUCCUGCCCCGAAAAAAGAGCGACAAGGGAAUGGACGGAAAAACGGACGUUUACGCACCCCCGAUCAGCGAAUUUGCGGUCUUGUGCACUUGUCUUGGGGCGGGUGAGAAGGAGACGCACAAAGCCAUUCUAGGCCCUAGUUUGAUGAUCGUUACGAAGGGGUGCGGGACCAUGAAGAUCCCUGGGAAUCAAAUCGUCGAAUUGAAGGAGGGAUACGUCUUUUUCGUUGGGCAAGGCGUUGCGUUGGACUUUGGCACCGACAAGGGACUGGCGGUCUACCGCGCAUACGCGGAGUAA